AUGGCUUUAUCAAGUUCAUUAAUUAAUUCUUUAUAUUUAUUUUAUCUUGUUCAAACACUUCGUUCAAAAACACUGUUAGAUAUUAAUUGUCGAGCAAUUUAUUAUUUACAAGCAUCUUGUAUAGUUGUACUUGCUUAUACCGUCGCUGCUAUGCAUGCAAAUUUUAUUUUAUCAUUAUUUCCACCAUCAACAUCUACAAAACAUACAUGUUUACAAUCCUGUGGUCUUUCGUUACGUCGAUUUUUUCGUCGAUUUUGUGUUUGUCUUGUUCUUUGUAUUUGGUCACUCUCAUUUACAUCUACAAUACCAUUACUUUAUACAAUUGAUUCAAAUGAAAAAAAUCCUAAACCAGUCUAUUGUCCAGGUACAACACAAAUCAGUUAUCUGGAAGAAUGGUUUAAUCGUAAUCGUUUUACACAAACAGUUGUAUUUUAUUUAAUACCUUUAUUAAUAAGUUCAUUUUUAACAAUGAUUGCUAUGUUAAAAAUUUUAUAUGAUUCUUUUCAAUAUUUAUAUAUACGUAUACGAAUGUCAAGAUGUUCACCAUGUCGAAAAAAUUUUUCUCCCUAUCAACAGCAACAAUCAAUACCACAAUCAAUGUCAUUUUUACAAGCAUUAGGUCUUGCCGGUAAUAAUAAUAAUACACGGAAUGAUAGUAAUUUACCAUCGACGAUUGAACAAUCAAUGAAUGAAAUAACUCCAAUGUCACCAUUAAAUUUACCAGUACAAUCCUGUGGGCGAUGGCUAUCAUCAACAUUUCUUCGUUUAUUACUUAUAUUAUCAUGUUGUUUACUUGCAUGUAUUUAUCCAAUAGCUAUGCGUUUUUAUCUUAUCUAUUUUUCUGUACUUGUACCAUUGGUAUUUGCAGUACUUAAUUAUUCUUUAGGACAAUUAGCAACUACACAAGAACAAGAACAACAACAACCAUUAACGAUGGAAAAUCAUCAUACAACUUUAACAAAUUCAGCAGGACGAUCGUCUACUGCUACAUACAGUUCAUUAAAUAUUACAGCAAGUAAAUCACCUCAAAUAGCAACUCCACCAAUAAUACACGAACAAGAUAAUAUUUCACAUGAACAAUUUGAAUUACAAUCAUCAUUAAUGAUAAAUUUAUUUAAUGAACCUGAUGAAACAUUAAUUACACCAUCAAGUUCAUCACCACCAUCAACUACACCUUCUACACGACUUCAACAACCAUCAAUAAAACGAAAUAAACGAAAAUACUUUUCAAAUCAAUUAUAUGAAAAUACUCGAAGUCUAUUUACAAAAUCAAAUAAUUAA